AUGGCUACAGCUGCCCCAAAGCCACCCACGCGAACGGUGCGCGCUCCAGACUUGAAGGCUGUCCUGAAUCUGCAGUUCAAGUCCAAGAAGCGCCUGGAAGGACGAGUGAGGUGGUUCGACAAAGAAAAGGGCUUUGGAAAGAUCCUGCCCUUGGAUGCGCGGAGCACGUCGGUCGAGGAGGAAAUCUUUGUGCACAAGAAUCAGAUCGAGGAUGGCCCUGAAAGCGACAACUAUGCAGCACUGGCCCCUGGCGCACUGGUCUCUUACGAGAUGACGACUCAAGAAGAUGGGAAACCGUGUGCUGGGAAUGUGCGGGUACAAGGCUUGGCCCGGAUGGUGCAAAAUGGCUUGACCCAAGCUGCAGGAGCAGCGCUUUCAGCGAAGGAAGCACGUCUUCGGCAGCUCCUGCUGCAGGGGCUGCAGUCGGGUGUUUUCCAAGAGAAGGGUCACAAGAAGGCGCUGAUGGAGGAUGGCUUCCUACAAGGCGUGGCUCGAGAAGUGGGUACGCUGGGUACGUCUGGAAAAUCAGCAGCACUAACGCUUUAUGCUGUGAUGGAUGGCCAUGCCGGUAUCUCCUGUAGCAAUUUCGUGGUGCUGAACUUGGAGCGCAACAUUCUGGACUCGCUCCGGGACCAGCGGAAGAGGGACGCCAACGCGGAACAGAUCCUCAAGUCUUCUCUGUUGGCCGGGUUCAAGGUCACAGAGCACUCCUUCCAUCAGUAUGCCAACAAACUGGAAGGUGGUGCUGGCCGAACAUGGGCCACGUCUGGUAGUACCUGCUGCGCUGCGUGCCUGGCGGGCCCUGAUGAGGAAGGCAGAUUGCGACUGCUGGUGGCGAAUGUUGGAGAUAGCAGAGCUGUCUUGGGGAAGAAGGAUGGCUUUGCGGUUCGUCUCUCUGUAGAUCAUCGCCCUGACAAUGCAGGCGUGUUGAACAGCAAGGCGGCACUGUGGCAGCUUUCGGUGGAGCUCACCGGGUCACUUGGCCGUUUCCAGCAGCAGUUGAGAUAUGUUGAGAUCGUCGAACAGUUGGGAUGA